ACAAGAUUUGUCGAUAACAUAAAAAGAAGGACUCCAGGUGGACCCAACCCAACAAAUUCAGAAUCUCAGGGUCGUUCGUUUUGCUCUCCAAGCUCGAGCCAUAGUGGCUACCUUGUAACCGUCACACACCAUCUCGACUCUUUCUUCUUCGCCAAGCGUUCUUCAGUAUCUCACUCGCAGAUCUUCGUCCUUAGGUGAAACAAACAAGAUUCCUCAUGGCGAAAACAGCUAGAACUCCUUCCGCGUCUCACGGAACUGGUCCCGAAGCUCCAAGAUCCGAUGCUGCCGGCAACAAACUUCCUUCUGACUCCGCCGCCGGCUCACCCGGUGCUACUGAUUCUCAGAAACGCGGCCGUGGACGACCGCCGAAGUCCAAAUCCGACUCUCAGAACGGUGCCGUUUCAGCAGCUCAGCCGGCUAGGAAACCAAGCGGUCGCCCGAAAAGAAACGUAGCUACAGCAGCUGUUGCGCCUGCGCCUGCGGCAGCAGGUAGGCCAAGGAGGUCGAACACUGUGCGUGCGACGGAGUCUCAGGUCACGGCUGGAGAUGGAACUAGGAAGCGUGGGAGGCCAAAGAAAGAUGAUGUGGCAGCUCCAGCUAAGAAACGUGGACGGAAACCUAAAUCUGAACCUGUUGCUAAGAAGACUGUGGGCAGGCCAAAGAAGGCAACAGAAGGUGCUACUGGGCAGGGAGCAUCAGACCCAAGAGAGCUCAAGAAGAAAGCCGCACUCUUACAAAAGAAAGUGAAGCAGGCUGCAGAUAAGCUGAAGAUAGCAGUUUCAGCAAUCGAGGAGGUUCAAGAGAUAGCUGCAGGAAUGUAGAAGCUGUGAUGUGACACGUCCACAAAAAUCUUAAUGGUGUUAGGGAAACAUUUGUUUGGAGAAUUUAAGACUGAUUGAUUUGAUGUUUGAUUUCUAAAUUUAGGUUUGUCUGUACGUUCGCAGGGAGUGGUACAAGAAGAGAAAACAGUUUUAGUGUUAAUUGGUUCGUACUCUUUGGUGAUCUCUUGUGUAGCUGUUACAUGGGGAAUCUACCCUUGUGAGUUUUAACUCUUUUGUUCUGAAUUGAAUGUUUUGUAGUGACUAAACUGUGUUAUGCU